GUUUUUUUUUUUUCUCCUUCUUCUUUCUUUCCCUUUAAAUUUCGCGUUACGCCGUCAUGCGUUGAAAAAAGAGCGGUAGCACGACAGUCGUAGUGGGGAUCAACGUAAAUCAGUUGAAUUUGACAGCCAUUCCCAGGUACUAAGGCGAGUACGUAAUAUACGACUGUCACUGUAUUACGGGUGGUAAAUAUUUGAAGUGGAUGAAACGCAACAAUUUUGCAACGACUGUUAACAUCGAAUGAAUCAAAAUAAAUAAUUGUUGUCAUUUCAAGUCUGAUAAAUUUUCAGAUGUAUGAUUAUUUAUGUAAAAAGAGCUGUGAUCACGUGUGAUAUGUAUAUUAAAUUGUAUAGAUUGUAAUUGUCGAUGUAACCAAAAGAUAAAUUAUUGAUGACUUCAGCAGAAUAUUUUAUUAGCUUAAUCACUGUAUCAAGUGCUAAAAAGCUAGCUACUGCACUUGUCUUAUGUUUUAUUUUGUAUCAUGGAUUAAUGCACCUAAUAUAUGAGACAGCCGCAGAUGUUUGAGAUAUCUAGCUUUCAUGGGCCACCGUAAUCACUUUGCAUUUAUUGGAGAUGCUAGGAUUAGACAACUGUAUAAAUCUUUUAUAUCACAAUUUGUAAUUGAUGGGAAAGCGUCAGAUCUGACAGAAUUACCAGAGAAUUCUGAUUUAAAUUUUAAUGAUGCACAACUUAGAUUAAAUGUACAAUUUCUAUGGAGAUCUCAAUUAGAUAAUUCUAUGAUAGAAGAUCUUAGGAACUGGAUAAAAACUGAUGCACCUAGUUUAAUUAUUUCAGGCUGUGGAGCAAAAACAAUUCUUGCUAAUAAUAAUAGUGAUGCUCAAUUGUAUUCUGAGUAUAGUAUGGGAUUGGUAAGACUUGUGCAACCAGUGGACUUUUUAGUUAAAAAAAAUACAAAAUAUUUAUGGAUGCUUCAAGAUCCAGUGUUAAAAGAAAGACUGCCAGCCCAAUUAUCAAGCAUAGGUAACAGGCAGAUUAAUUUAUGUAAUAAAGCAGCAAUAAAGAUACUAUCUCAUAGUGAAGCUCAUAUAUGGGAAAGCAGUAAACUUGUUGGUGCAGGCGUAUUAGAGCAAAGUCCAGAUGGGUAUUUAGCUAGCCCUUUAUCUUUGAGACAUAAGAUUCAAAUAUUAUUGAAUACUUACUGCAAUGAUCAUAUGAAUUUCGAUGAUGUGUAGUAAUUGGUGGUGGAAUGUGGUUCUAUAGAAAAUUUUGUUACUAUCGAACUGAAAUUUCUUAUUUGCGCGUUACUACUGUUGAAGUGGAGAAUACUGAGGAAGCAGAUAAUUCUGAAAUUAUACAAAUUGAGCAACCAGAAGUACAAGAUUUUUAUACAUUAAUGACAUCAUUGGCUGUUUUAUCGAUCAUCUUAUAUUACUUUUAUUUAUGCGAUAGAACAAAUUUUUUUAUGAAGGAGAAUAAAUACUACAGUGAAUUUAGUUUUUGGUUACCUCUUGGAUACAUAUUGGCUCUCGGUUUAUUUUUUACUGAGGAUAGAGAAAGAGGUCCAAGAACUUUAAAUCGAGAACAAACAGAUGAGUGGAGAGGGUUGAUGCAAGCUGUAGUGUUAAUCUAUCAUGUUACUGGAGCUAAAAACGUUUUGCCCAUUUAUAUGUAUUUAAGAUUAAUUAAUUCUGCUUAUUUAUUUCUCUCUGGAUAUGGACAUUUUUGUUAUUUUUGGCAGACAGGCGAUGUUUCUUUAGUGAGAUUUGCACGAGUAAUGUUUAGGCUAAAUUUCCUAACAGUGUCUCUAUGCCUUUGUAUGAACAGGCCAUAUCAAUUUUACCAUUUUGUUCCAUUAGUUUCAUUCUGGUUUUUAGUCAUUUAUUUCUUAGCCUGGUUACCACCAAGAAUAUAUUCUGGUAAUCUAAACGAAUAUGGACCAAGAGCUUUGUUAUACCUCGCACUGAAACUUUUAGGUCUUGUAUCAAUGAUUACAAUAUUAUAUAUGUCAGAGGUAUUCUUCGAAAAAGUGUUUGUAACAAGGCCAUGGAAAGCAUUAUUUGUUACAACUGAUGACGAUAUACGUGAAUGGUGGUCACGUUGGAGAGUGGAUAGAUAUAGUGUAGCUUGGGGCUUAACUUUUGGAGCAGGUCUUAUAGCUUUGCAAAGAAUAGAUCACAUUCCAGGAACUGCGUUAUCAUCCUUGCUAGCAUUAAUUUCUCUAACUGCUUAUACUACUUUUACGAUAUUGUGUCAUUCAGUAUCCGAAUGUGAAGAAAUUCACUCAUAUGUUGCAUUUAUACCAAUUAUAGGAUACAUAGCGCUUAGAAAUGCAUCAUUAGCACUACGUGGUAAACAUUCAGCUCUUUUGGCUGGCUUAGGUCGCAUUAGUUUAGAAACUCUAGUCGCACAAGGUCACAUUUGGUUGGCAGCAGAUUCACACGGUGUACUAGUUCUAUUGCCUAGGUUUCCAGUAUUAAAUCUUUUAGUUACGUCAUUCAUUUUUAUAUGUGCAAGUCACGAAAUACAUAGAUUAACUCAGGUAUUAGCACCAUACGCAGUACCAAAUGAUUGGAGGCUGGUAGCUCGUAAUUUGUUAUUAUUUAUUGCAGUGCUUGUACCUAUUGGUAUUCAUGAUGGAAUGUUUUGAAAGAGACUCUUCUAUGAUUAAUAAAAUUCACUGUAAAAAGCUGGUUUCAUGUACAUGUAAAUAUAAAGUAUAGUAAAUGUAUAAGUUUGUACAAUUUUAUCAUAAAAGCUUUGUAAAACAAAAUGUUUGAAGAUGAUGGUAUUUAUUCAGUUUUUUCUUACUUUAUUAAUUUUUAUACGAGGAAAAUAAAUAAGUAAAAAAACCAGAAUGUUUAUGUUAUUUAUUAUUUAUAUAUUUUCC